AUGCGACCCAAUCACGUGCUCUUGCUGGAUGAGUUCCCACUUACGAAGAACGUGAAAGUCGAUGUGGCUCUUCUUAGCAAGGACUGGAAGAAAUACUUACAAAGGGGGUUUUUGGAAUUGGUGGAGGGUUUUCUUGAGCGAAAGCUGGAUCCUAAGAUGAACUUCCUCGAAGUUGGCGGGUCCACAAAACAAGCCAUCAAGCUGAGACUCCUUCUUACCACCAAAUAUGGUCAAACUUUCAACAUAAUACAGCUGCUGAAGAGGCCAUUGGAGGAUGUCGGUAAAGAGGAAUCGUUGAAAAUGGAAAAUAAAAUAGCAAAGGAACCAGAGAUGAUUGAUGAAAGGCUGAAGAAGGUCUGGACGAAGGUCCUUAAGCAUGACAAUUUUGGAACGGGUGAUCAUUUCUUCUUCAUCGGAGGCAAUUCAAUUGCACUUAUAAAGCUGCGGUAUGAGAUCAAUGCUGAGUUUGGAAAGCACUUCAGCGUUCAGGACCUCCUAAAUGGUCUGGUGUUCAGCGAAAUGAGGUCUAUGAUCGAUUCAACGAGUACGUCGUUGCGCAUUGCUACCGUCGUUCACAAUCCUCCAAGACCUCGUUUCAACUUGGUCUUCAUCCAUGCACUCUAUGGAGGCAGUGUGCCAUACGCUGACCUGAUAAUGUCUCUGAAACAACUGGACAACUUCCAAGUCAUCACGGUACAACAUCCAAACACCUUCGGAUUUGAAAGUGAUGAUUUGAGGUUUUUCAACAGUGUGCAGUCGGUCGCUGAAACAUAUGCAGCUGAG